GAUAUAUAAGUGUCAUGAAACCAUAAACCAAAUUGCAAAUUAACACUAAUCACCUCUACAUCCCCAUUGUUAUAGUCAUGAAAACAAUGAGUUCAUUGCUUCUAUGGCUUCCAUUCUUGAUAGUCUCUUCGGUCAUGGAAUCUCUAGUCACCUCGCAACAAUCUCUUUUCGCGAUACCACCUCCGCCACCUUUGAUACCUAAGCAAGUGAGAUGUCGUUCUCCUUUGUUCCCGUCAUGUUUUGGUCAAUGGCACACUUGUCCGACCGACUGUAGAAAAGACUGCUACAUAGAUUGUGUUUCUUGCAAGCCUGUAUGCGGUUGCAAUAAUCCCGGAGCUUUGUGUCAAGACCCUCGAUUCGUAGGCGGAGAUGGUGUCACAUUCUACUUCCAUGGUCGAAAAAACCAAGAUUUCUGCCUACUAUCCGACCGCAACCUCCACAUCAACGGUCACUUCAUCGGAAAACGAAACCCCAAACUCACUCGCGACUUCACAUGGGUGCAAUCCAUUGGAAUAUUAUUCGAGGAUCACAAACUCCUCGUCGGGGCAAAGAAAACAUCAACAUGGGACGAUAGCGAAGAGCAUCUCUAUAUAUCCUAUGACGAUACGCCACUAUCCCUUAAUGGGGAAAAUUGGAAUUAUCGCAAUUCGUCCCUAAUGAUCACUCGAACAAGUCCAACUAACAACAUUGCCAUUGAAGUGCAAAAUAGUUUCCGGAUCAUGGCCAAGGUGGUCCCAAUCGGCGCGGAUGAAUCGAGAGUUCACGGUUAUAAUAUUACAAAUGAUGAUUGUUUUGCACAUUUGGACUUAAGGUUUAAGUUUUAUAGCCUAAGUGAUGUGGUGGAUGGUGUUUUGGGACAAACUUAUAGGAGCAAUUAUGUGAGUAAGAUUAAAGUUAGUGCAAAUAUGGCUGUGAUGGGUAACAUACCAAAGUAUUCUACUUCGGGAAUAUUUGCUACUGAUUGUAUUGUUUCCCGUUUUGGUAGUCGAAAUGGGGCUCCGAAGAUGGAUACCUAGUUCAUCUUUCAUUGUACUACACUACUACAUGUAUUAUUCGUGAAUGAAAUAAAAUAAAUGCCUUAUAUUAAUGCA